UAUAUAUACAUAUACAUAUAUCCUCUUGUCGCCGAUUUCUUGGAUUUAAUUUCAUCGUUUGAUGUGAUUAAUAGUUACCUCUAAUUUAUCAUUUGUUAUAGCAAUUACAAUAUUUUUAUUUCUGUAUAUACAUAUACAGAAAUAUAUAUAAAAGAAAUAGUGACUCGAGAGAUCAUUCAAUUUUUCUCAAUUUUUCGUAUCUUGCAUUUUCGAAGGAAAUAUCUUGCUGUAAUUAUCAUGUGAUAGUUGUCGUACUUCGUCUCUUCUACGAAGUGCGUUUUUAGGAAGCCGACUUUUUUUUUACCAUCUCCCAAACCGCAAAAAAAAAGAAAAAUAAAGGAGGAAAAAUAAAUCAACUUGAUUCAGAGAAGGAAAAGAAAACAAACAACUAAAGAUAUGGGUUGCUGCUUUAGUAAAAAGCAGGAUAAAGACAAGUAUAGUGGGCCAGAUGAAAACGACGGUUUGCUCCAGGAUCCUGCCAAUGUUGACAGCCCGAGUCUUCAUACUGGAAGUUUUUUAACUGAAUGUGGGGAGCAUUCAGAUAAAGUUGACGAGCAAUCAAAACUAGGUAGGAUACUCCAGACAACUGCAAGGAACAUCAUUGACGUUGCUGCUAUGGAACCACAAAGCAUGGAACACAAUGAAUAUCAUGACAAAGCUAAAUUGUACAGUGACAAAUUAAAUAGCGCUUUAAAUGGCUCUGGUCGAAUCCGAACGUAUAAAACACAGUUACCAAACAGUACAAAUAAUCCACAAGUAAUUUUGUCGUCACAGCCUUUGCCUUCUACAGAUCUUUUAUUGAUUAAAAAAGCAGCUGACCAAGCCUGUGAUGCUUACAAUCAUAUUCAAGUCAAUCAUAAAGAAGAAUUAAUAGUACCAUUCAGGGAGAAAAAAAUAUAGUGAAAUGACUGAAUCCUACUGUCUUAUGAAACUUCUUUUACUGGACCCAGAAGACUGAAAAGCAAAGUCAUCUUUAGUGGGAUCAAGAUUAUUUGACUUCCUAGAAAAAGUAUCGAAUUUCCUUCAAACCACAUCUAUUUUGUGAAUAAAAAUGUACACAGAUGGAUCAAAAAAACAAAAAGAGAAGGUGGAACAAGGCACUAAUCCAUGAAAUACCAACAGUGAAACUGGCAACUGAAACAGACAAUAAUGCAACCAAAAGCACCAUUAAGGAUAUGAAGUCAGAGAACGUAGUUGAACUACCAAGUUUAAUUACUAAGAUGCUGAGAAAUGAAUAGAAAUUUUUUCAUCUGGUAUCUGCUUCUUCAGGGUUGAAUGACAGCUAUGUAAAGCAUGAUGCCAGACUUAUUGUUUUAGACAUCUUCAGCAGCUUAAUAUAUUGUAUGUGAUAAUGGUAGGAAAUCAAAAACAGCUCAAGAGAAAUUAAAAUAAAUUAAUUCAUGAAGUUUUCAUUUACAGAUGAGAAAAUUAGAUCUAAAUUUUGAAUAAUUUUGUGAGAAAGCAUUUAUGAAAUAAACACUCUCCACACACAA